GCUCGCUGCCGCGCUCACUGGCGCCGGCCGGCCGGGCCCGCCCCUCCCUCCGCCAUGGCGGCCGAGAGCGGCCGGCAGUUCUGGAAGCGGAGCGCCAAGCUGCCGGGCAGCAUUCAACCUGUCUAUGGCGCUCAGCAUCCUCCCCUGGAUUCCCGGCUCACCAAAAACUUCAUCAAGGACCGCUCCAAGGCCAGUGCAUUGCCUAUGAAAAGCAAGAAGGCCUCCAGCUUUCAUGAGUUUGCCCGCAGUACCAGUGAUGCCUGGGACAUUGGUGAUGACGAAGAUGAGGACUUCUCUUCCUCCUCUUCCUCUUUGCAAACUCUGAACUCCAAAGUGGCCAAGGCCACGGCGGCCCAGGUUUUAGAGAACCACAGCAAGCUGCGGCUGAAACCCGAGCGGGCCCAGUCUACUCUCAGUGAUAUGCCCACCAACUGCAAGGUCAUCAAGUCCAACAGUGAGGCCCAGCUCUCCAGGACUUCUGAGGAAGCCUGUGUGCGGACCCCCCUUCAGAAGCAGCAGUCCCUUCCCCUUCGACCUGUCAUUCCACUUGUUGCCCGAAUCUCUGACCAAAAUGCAUCCGGUGCUCCCCCCAUGACUGUGAGGGAGAAAACGCGGCUGGAGAAGUUUCGACAGCUCCUUUCCAGUCACAACACAGACCUGGAUGAGCUAAGAAAAUGCAGCUGGCCUGGUGUACCUAGAGAGGUUCGGCCUGUGACAUGGCGUCUCCUCUCAGGCUAUCUUCCUGCAAAUUCGGAGCGUCGAAAGCUGACUUUGCAGCGCAAGCGGGAGGAGUACUUUGGCUUCAUUCAGCAGUAUUAUGAUUCCCGGAAUGAGGAACAUCAUCAAGACACCUACCGACAGAUCCACAUUGACAUUCCAAGGACCAACCCACUCAUUCCCCUCUUCCAGCAGCCACUCGUCCAGGAGAUUUUUGAAAGAAUCCUGUUUAUCUGGGCCAUUCGACACCCAGCCAGCGGCUAUGUACAGGGAAUCAAUGACCUGGUCACUCCGUUCUUUGUUGUGUUCCUCUCUGAGCAUGUUGAGGAGGAUGUGGAAAACUUUGAUGUGACAAACCUGUCGCAGGAUGUUUUACGGAGCAUCGAAGCCGAUAGCUUUUGGUGCAUGAGCAAGCUGCUGGAUGGGAUACAGGACAACUACACCUUUGCACAGCCAGGGAUCCAGAAGAAAGUCAAAGCUCUGGAGGAGCUGGUCAGCCGGAUUGAUGAGCAGGUACAUAAUCACUUUAGGAAGUACGAGGUCGAAUACCUGCAGUUUGCCUUUCGCUGGAUGAACAACCUGCUUAUGAGAGAGCUGCCUCUUCGCUGUACCAUCCGCCUCUGGGACACCUACCAGUCAGAGCCGGAAGGAUUCUCACACUUCCACCUGUAUGUCUGCGCUGCCUUCUUGAUCAAGUGGCGGAAGGAGAUCCUAGAUGAGGAAGACUUCCAAGGCCUCCUGAUGUUGUUACAAAACCUGCCCACAAUACACUGGGGUAAUGAAGAAAUUGGACUCCUGCUCGCUGAAGCCUACAGACUCAAGUACAUGUUUGCGGAUGCCCCCAAUCAUUACCGCCGAUAGGUGCCCAGACUUGACUCACUCCUCUCUCCCAUGCCCACCCCGUCGUCCUGGUCCGAUCUGAUCACUGUGGCAUUUUUGUCAUCCCAAGUCCUUGGACACUCCAGCUGGGAGCUGAUCCUUGCUGUACAAAGCUCACAUAGAUUCUUAAUGUGUGCCUGUCUGCCACUCCAUGCAUCUGGAUGUGCCAUUUUGACAACUGUCAGUAUUUUACACCGUGCUGGAGGCUCAAGCCGGGAAGGGAGGCUUUAAGGGGCUAGGGGAGACCAUGGAAAGAAGGUGUACUGAUAAACCAGAGCUGAAGAUGAAGCCUUUCUGUCCUCUCCACUCCCUGUCCUGGGCUUGUCUGCCUCCUGUUAACCUGCACUAUGUGCGCUACCCCAUCUGCUCCUUUCUCUCUUCUGACACUGCGCCAUCUCCCAGAUGAAAAUGCCUUAUCAGAGACCUGCCUGGCCGGAAAAUCCUUCCCCACGAGGGUGGCAGGGCAAGAACUUUCUCUCAGGGCCUCCCUUCACUCCGAGGGUCCAGAGACCCCAAGCACUUUGUGGGUUCGCAAGAGAGUCCCUGGUGCCUGCCCUCUCUCCUUCUCUCCAUCCUCUUCACCUACCUCUCCCCCAGGGCAAUGGGGCAGGCAUGACAGGGGCGAUGAGCACUCCAUCCACAUAUGGUUCAAAUUAUGCGUGCCAGUUUGAUGGAACUUAAUGGUGACUGAUGUUCUGUGAGUACAGCCCCCUCCAGCGUGUGGGGGAGGUGCAGGGCGGGACUGGUAGGGGAGCAACAUCUCCCAAAACCUCCUUACAAAGCCCCCACUCCUCUGGGGUGUUCUGUGUAUAUUGUGUUCUUGUGUAUAUGGGUCAAAGAUGUACAAUAUAUGUCUUCUCUUUGUAGCAGAUUUUAUAUUUAUAACGUGCACCCGUUGUCUCCCCAUCUUCUCCAUGCCUGAGAAGGAUGCCUGGCUAGGGUGUCACAGGGCUUUGGAACACUCUGGAGGUGGGGGGGUGUUUCAGACCUGCAGGUAAUGUCUGUGUCAGUAUGUGCUUGCAGUGUUGGGUUUGCCAGGAAGAGGUGCCAUAGAAACACAGAUCUCAAGGCAUCCCCUACAGAUAGGAUUUGGGUGGUUAGAGGAGAUGGGAGCUCCCAGCAGGAAGCAGGGCAGAACUGUGUCCAAGAAACAGAGUAUCCAGCCUCAUCAGCUGCUGGCAAGUGCCUCUCUGAGCACUGCAGUGCUGGCUGGCAGGACUUUACAGGGAGGAAUGAUCCUGGAUCCAGCACUGGCUGUCCCUGGUGCUGUCCAGCCCUGUGGACACACCCUCCCAGGAGUGCCAAAAGGAUCGGGAUGGCCUUGCUGCGUCUGCUUUUAAAUCAGGCAGGCUGGGAAUGUUUUAAUGGGCCAUUUUCUUCCCAUGGUCAGGAACCAUCUGCCACCAGCAAAGGGCUGGAGUCAGGAGGGCAUGGGGGUCGGAGGGCAUUGGGCAGGAGGCCAAAUCUGGACCACCUUGGGUUUCUCCCAGCACUCCUGCUGCGUCGUGAGGGCUGUCUUGGUGGGGAGGCUUCUGGUCCCUCUACUUUCCAUUUUCUGUUCCCAGUGGGGAAAAAGCAGGGGGCAGCGAGACCGGGGCCCAGCAUGUGACAGGCACAACCUUGUUGCCAAUAAAAGUCCAAACAGUAUCUCAAGAAAACACUUUACUAACCUGGAGUUGUUUCUCUGAGGCGUUUGUUUGUGUGUGCCUUUUGUUGUUUUCUCUGAGAAACAGACCUGGUUGUCCUUAGUUGAACAUGAAGUAAAAAACAAAAGAGAAACAAACCAAAAAAACUCCCACCAACACCAAACCCAACAAAAAAAUCCGAACAAAAAACCAAAUGCACCACCCAAAACAUCAGCCCAACUCCAACCCAUCAACUGAGCUGUGUGGUCAGGCAAGUGUUUGCAGUGCACCACUGCCUCCAGAAACAUGAACCUGUGCAGGGAAGGACAAAUGCAUCUUAGGGAAGAGCUGUGCUGAGAUGAGAAACUCUCCCCAGGUAUGUGACAGGGAUCAGCCCAGCUGCAGGGUCUGUCCUGCUGCCUCCACAUCCCAUCUGCUGGCAAGUCCCAAUGUCCCUGGUCCAGCACUGCCAGCAGAUGUAAUUCAAGUUCCAGAUUGCCAAUUCCCAUCCCUUCAGGGCUCUCAGCCAGCUUCCCCAUCAGCACACUGCUGUGCAAGGCACAAGGUGGGAUCACACCCUGCAGCAUCUAGCCGUCACCCAUUGCACAGGGAACAACCUCAUCCCCAAGAGAUGGUCAAGGCAGGAUAAGAAACUCCAUGUUUUACUUCCCCAUUGCUCUUUUCAGGCUUUCCACCUGCAUCUGGGACAACUGAGAUGAUUAAAAGCCAUCACAGUAAGUUCUAGAUUUCAGGACAACACUAGCAAGGAAGAACACUUUUUGAGGGCAGUGUUUUGGUUUUUUUCAUACAUUAGAACAUUUAUUUCUCAGAGAGAAAAUAUAGUCUCAGACAGUCAGAUUAUAGAAGGUAAAAUUAGGUUUUUCUUUUCUUUACAAGCAUAGAUUUUCUUAUUACCUCUCUUAUACCAUCUGAUAUAAACAAUUCUAGAAAUCAAAUAAAUUCACUUUCUACAAUAAAUAGAGCAAUCUGUGCUUUACAGCAGACUGACAGUAACAUUUAGGUUCCGUAGCAACAGCAGGACGUUAGCCCAUUGAUAUUCUAAAAUGUCAUUAAAAAAAAGAAAAAAAAAAAA